GUGGGAAGUGGAGGCGGGGCUUGGUUGGGGCGGGCAGGCGGCUGCCUCCCGCAAUCUUAGGCCUCCCUGCCCGACUUGAUCCCGGAAGCAGGGUGUUGGGCUCCGGUGCGGUAGCGGCGAGGGACUGCGGCGCGAGCCUCAGACAGCAGCAAUGUUUCCCUUCUUCAGAAAAUCUCCGGAAUCUAAAAAGCCCUCUGCACCAGAUACAGAAGCAGAUGGAUUUGUCCUUUUAGGAGAUACAGCACAUGAGCAAAGAAAGGCAACAGAAGGUAAAACUUCAGAAGCUGAAGGCAGCCAACCUUUGGAGACUGGCAAAGAAAACUCAUCCUGUGUGACUGUAGCAAGCCCCAAGAUGGAAAAUAAGGCAGGCCAGACUUUGGAAAACAACUCAUUAAUGGCCGAACUCCUGAACGACGUACCCUUCACCUUGGCCCCACACGUCCUGGCUGUGCAGGGCACCAUCAGUGACCUUCCAGACCACUUACUCUCCUACGAUGUCAGCGAAAAUUUAUCACGGUUUUGGUACGAUUUCACUCUUGAAAAUUCGGUGCUCUGUGAUUUGUAAUCUUUAUGUCUAUUUGCACUGUAACAGCUUUAAACAAAAGUUUGCCCAUUUUAUUUAACCUGUUUGAUGUUCUUUGCCAUUUCACUGCUUAAAGGGUCUCAGAAAAGCAAGGAUCUUAAAGCAAAGAAAACAUUAUGUUCAUUACUCUAUUUGUUUAAAAGGUGGACUUAAUUCUGCUUCCUUUCCCCCAGAUAAUAAAUAUAAAAACUAGGCUAUCAAGGUUUUAUGAAAGGAGCAGAUUCCUUCAACCAGUCUCUCAAAAUACAACCCCUCAAGUUUAUCUUAGGAGAACGGUGAGAAAGAGCUAUGGCACUUUUCUUAGUCACCCUAACUCUGAAGUCUACGCUUAGAAUGAGUGUAAUUUCUCUUCUGUGGUUUGGAGGAAGCUUGAAUUAAUGUUACUCCCUUUCUUCUUCCACAAUGUUUAUGAAUGAAUUCAG